GUUAGGGUUAUCAAGCAUUUACAUAAGAUAACACAUGAACUUCAUCAUGUUCAUUAUGGAAAGUUUUGGUUGUAUGAAUUAAAAAGAUGGCUACAUAUAUAAUAUAUCAAAAAUACCAAUUUUUUAGAAUUAAAAAGUUUCAAAAUGAACUAGUUCAUAGGUGAUUUGUUGUAAAUGCUAUCUGGAAAAAUUACUGGACAUAUUUGCUAUGAUAAUUUGAAUAGAAUGAACCAACAAUCCUAAAAAAAAUUAUUAUUCAUAGAAAGGAUAUUUUUUGAAUUUAUACAUUUCAUACUUCAAUUUUUAUUUUUUUAUGGAAUUUUAAUUCAGAAAAUAAAGUUUUAUUUUGAAAAUUCAAAAAGAAGAAAUAUAAAACAAUGCACCUUUUUAGUAGAAGCACUUACAAUUGGAAUGUUGGUUUCUUUCCUUUUUUUUUAUAAAAUCAAUAUCAGUUGUUUAUACUUAUGUGCAUGCUUAGAAUUGUCAACACUUUGUGAAAGGUAUUAUCUUGUUAACUGAGGCAAGGAUAUUCUUGCACAUUAUCCUAAUUAUUUGUUUAAUGUGGUAUUAAGAUGUACAUGUAAGGAUCACUUUAAAAAAGGUUUUAAAGGUUUUUGUUAAUUUUCUGUAAAACAUAGUAACAAGAUAUCAGAAAUUUGUUUUACUUAAAGAAAUGAUCAAUUUCUGGUGUUGGACGUAUAUUUCCGUUUAGUAUAUGUCCAAUUGAUUUAUCAGCAUAUUUCAGUUUCAUUGGAAGUAUAUCGAUAAUUUGCAGUAAAAGAGUUUGAUAAUCCUACAACAGGCAGAAACAUUGCCUUUCAACUGAAUCAUCACAUAAUAUGUGCUAUGAUGAUAAAAAAAGUAGUGAGAAUUAAGAAAAUUACAUUUCUAUGUUACUUAAUUAACUGUAAAGUCUUUAAAAAAAAAUGUAUCUGCUCUGGGUAUAUCUUAUGUCCCUUAGAUAUAUCUUAAUAGCAAAAUGGAUUUUAUAAAAUAGAUUAUGAGAGUUUAAAAAUAAACCUUCCAAAAAGAUCCCUUUGACUGUCAUUUGUCUAGUGUCAUGAGGGUAGUGAUUAUAUAAAAGAAAGGAAAGGGGCUGUAUUCAAGUUUUCUUUACCUGGUUCAUCUGUUUCCAAAAUAAUAGUGAAUUGAUCUUUAAAAGAUUUAUUUUGAAUUAUUCUCUAUCACACUGACAGUACCUAAGGAGUAGAGGAAGCAAUCUUUCAGGAUUUUUUCCUAGUUCAUUUUAUUGUUUACGAAAGAAUUGAUUAUUGUUUCUACUUCUAUCCCCCUGAAGAAAAACCCUCCCUUACUGUAAUAUGACAUUGACAUGAUUAUGUUAUACAAUUGUUUGUUGAUACAUGACAUAUUUCUGUAACACACAAUAGUUAUCUGUAAGUUACAAGAGUCGAAAAGAUUCUAAUCUAAGUUAUCUUUCCUUUCUAGCGCCAGAGAAUCAGUGUGGAGCUGCCUGUUCACAGACAUCCAUGUUAAAAUGAGGUUGUUACACCUCAAGUUAUACAAUUCAACAUAAUCUUAAUGAUUUAACAUUCAAAAUUCUAUUUUUUUUUUUUAUAAAAGAUCUUUGAUAAAAUUUAAUAAGAAAUGAGAUAACGAAACCUUCCUAAUUUGAAUAAUCUGGAUAGUUUUCUACUUAAUUUUUUUACACUCAAUUCUGAAAAAAAAAAUCAUGUAAGUUAUACAUGUUAUAUGGUUUUGAACUAAAAGAAUUUGUUUUGUAGAAUUAGGGACUGAUAAGGAAAACAAACUGCACAUGUCCUAUUUUUUUAUUUUAAGAGAAAGCCCAAAAUUGUGUGUACAUAUUGUGUGUUAGAAAGUCAUACUAUAUUAAUAUGAGACUAAUUUUAGGCUUAUUGGAAGCAGGUUUCCAUGGUGAUUGAACUAAGAAGAUGUAAAGCGUGGGAAAACUCCAGAUAUGAACGCUAGAACAUUCUCUAAAGUCAUGGUCAGUCAACAGUUGGAUAGAGAAAAGAAACUUCUGGAGAAACAAAUGCAAGAAAAGGCCAAAGAUGGAGGACUGAAAGCUGUUAAUGGAUCUGCAGGUGAUGCUUCAUCACAGAAAGUCCAACAAGCAGCAGCACAGGCAGAGAAAAAGAAGAGAAGAUGGGAUCAGUCUGCUGAUGAUACUCCAGCCAAGAAAAGCAAGAGUGGCUGGGAAGAGGCUGCCACACCAUCUAACACAAGAUGGGAUGAAACUCCUGGAAGGCCCAAAGGUUCAGAUACCCCAGGUGCAACACCUGGACAGAGUACCAGAGUUUGGGACACUACACCUGGUCAUGCUACGCCAGGUGCCACCACCCCAGGUCGUGGAGACAGUACCCCUGGACAUAACACCACACCUAGUGCUAGAAGAAACAGAUGGGAUGAAACACCAAGAACUGAAAGAGAAACCCCUGGACAUGGUAGUGGAUGGGCAGAAACACCUAAAACAGAUAGAGGUGGAGAUUUAAUACAGGACACACCCACUCCAGGGGCAAGCAAAAGACGAUCUCGUUGGGAUGAAACACCUGGUGCCACACCAAGUGGUGGUGGUGGAGGUGGUGCCACUCCAAGUGGUGGACACACCCCAGGUGGACUUACUCCUAGUAUGACACCAGGGGGAACAACACCAGGUGGAUCAACUCCUAGCGGAUUUACUCCAGGAGGACAGACACCAGCAGGUUUCACUCCCAGUGGCGCCACUCCUAUAGGGGCUAAAGCUAUGGCCAUGGCCACACCUUCUCCUGGACAGUUGAUGUCCAUGACACCUGAACAGCUACAAGCCUUCACUUGGCAGAGAGAAAUAGAUGAAAGGAACAGACCACUUGGAGAUGAUGAAUUAGAUUCCAUUUUGCCACCAGGAUACAAGGUUUUGCAACCACCAGCAGGAUAUGUACCAAUCAGAACUCCAGCCAGAAGGUUAUUAGCCACACCCACACCUAUAGCAGGUACCCCAACAGGUUUUCGUAUCCAGACUCCAGACAACAAGGUCCAAAUUGUAGACAUGCAGCCUAAGGGUAACCUGCCUAUGAUGAAACCUGAUGAUAUGCAGUACUUUGAUAAACUUCUGGUUGAUAUUGAUGAAGAAACACUGAGUCCAGAGGAACAGAAAGAAAGGAAGAUCAUGAAACUGUUACUGAAAAUAAAAAAUGGAACACCUCCCAUGAGAAAGGCUGCUUUAAGACAGAUUACAGACAAAGCCAGAGAAUUUGGAGCUGGUCCCCUGUUCAAUCAAAUAUUACCUUUACUUAUGUCUCCUACAUUGGAGGACCAGGAGAGACAUUUGUUGGUAAAGGUCAUUGAUCGUAUCCUGUACAAACUUGAUGAUUUGGUGAGACCAUAUGUUCACAAGAUUCUUGUUGUUAUUGAACCCUUGUUGAUUGAUGAAGACUAUUAUGCCAGAGUUGAGGGCAGAGAAAUCAUAUCUAAUUUAGCAAAGGCUGCUGGUUUGGCUACUAUGAUUUCUACAAUGAGACCUGAUAUUGACAAUAUGGAUGAGUAUGUCCGUAAUACCACAGCUAGAGCCUUUGCUGUUGUCGCUUCAGCUUUAGGAAUACCAUCACUCCUGCCAUUCUUGAAGGCUGUAUGUAAGAGUAAGAAGAGUUGGCAAGCUAGACAUACCGGAAUUAAAAUUGUACAACAGAUUGCCAUCUUGAUGGGUUGUGCUAUAUUGCCACACUUAAAAAAUUUAGUAGAAAUUAUUGAACAUGGUCUAGUGGAUGAACAGCAGAAAGUGAGAACCAUUACAGCUUUGGCUUUAGCUGCUCUUGCAGAGGCGGCCACUCCUUAUGGUAUUGAAUCCUUUGAUAGUGUACUGAAACCAUUGUGGAAGGGUAUCAGGCAACACAGAGGAAAGGGUUUGGCUGCUUUCCUGAAGGCUAUUGGAUAUUUAAUCCCCUUAAUGGAUGCUGAGUAUGCUAACUACUAUACCAGAGAAGUGAUGUUGAUCUUGAUUAGAGAGUUCCAGUCUCCUGAUGAAGAAAUGAAAAAGAUUGUAUUAAAGGUAGUGAAACAGUGUUGUGCAACUGAUGGUGUAGAACCACAGUAUAUUAAAGAAGAAAUCCUGCCACCAUUCUUCAAACAUUUUUGGAAUCAGAGAAUGGCUCUGGAUAGAAGGAAUUACAGACAGCUUGUAGAUACCACAGUAGAAAUAGCUAACAAGGUUGGAGCAGCAGAAAUUGUUGGUCGUGUUGUAGACGACCUAAAAGAUGAAGCUGAACAAUACAGAAAGAUGGUAAUGGAAACAAUUGAAAAAAUCAUGGCUAACCUGGGAGCUGCUGAUAUUGAUUCACGUCUAGAAGAACAGUUGAUUGAUGGUAUAUUGUAUGCCUUCCAGGAACAGACAACUGAGGAUGUAGUGAUGUUGAAUGGGUUUGGUACAGUGGUUAAUGCCCUUGGGAAGCGUGUAAAGCCAUAUCUCCCUCAGAUCUGUGGUACAAUCCUGUGGCGUCUUAACAACAAGUCUGCCAAAGUACGACAACAGGCUGCAGAUCUCAUCUCAAGAAUUGCAAUAGUCAUGAAAACUUGUCAGGAGGAAAGAUUGAUGGGACAUUUAGGUGUUGUAUUGUAUGAAUACUUGGGAGAGGAAUAUCCAGAGGUAUUAGGAAGUAUCCUGGGGGCUCUGAAAGGCAUUGUCAAUGUCAUUGGUAUGACAAAGAUGACACCACCCAUCAAAGAUCUCUUACCAAGACUUACACCUAUUCUGAAAAACAGACAUGAAAAGGUACAAGAGAAUUGUAUUGACUUAGUAGGUAGAAUAGCUGAUAGAGGAGCAGAAUAUGUAUCAGCCAGGGAAUGGAUGAGGAUUUGUUUUGAGUUACUGGAAUUACUGAAAGCACACAAGAAAGCUAUCAGGAGAGCAACAGUCAAUACAUUUGGUUACAUAGCUAAAGCUAUUGGUCCUCAUGACGUAUUGGCCACAUUACUCAACAAUCUCAAAGUACAGGAAAGACAGAAUCGUGUGUGUACCACAGUGGCUAUAGCUAUUGUAGCAGAGACAUGUUCUCCUUUUACUGUUAUACCAGCCCUAAUGAACGAAUAUCGUGUACCUGAACUCAAUGUACAAAAUGGUGUAUUAAAAUCAUUAUCAUUUAUGUUUGAAUAUAUUGGCGAGAUGGGAAAAGAUUAUAUUUAUGCUAUUGCACCCCUGUUGGAGGAUGCUUUAAUGGACAGAGAUCUGGUACACAGACAGACAACAAUGUCUACCAUACAACACAUGGCUUUAGGUGUAUAUGGGUUUGGUUGUGAGGAUGCUUUGGUACAUUUAUUGAACUAUGUAUGGCCAAAUAUAUUUGAAACAUCACCCCAUGUGGUCCAGGCCUUCAUGGGAGCCAUUGAAGGAUUUAGAGUAGGAAUGGGGGCUGCAAAAAUACUGCAAUAUGCUCUUCAGGGCUUAUUUCAUCCUGCCAGAAAAGUACGAGAUGUUUAUUGGAAAGUGUACAAUACAGUUUAUAUUGGUGCACAGGACAGUAUGAUUCCAUCCUAUCCACGAAUACCUAAUGAUGUGAAAAACAGUUAUGUCAGAUAUGAGCUGGAUUAUGUGUUAUAGUCAAACAAGAUUUUUAUCGUGGUCUGUCUUGUAAAAUUGUUUUAUCAUAUUGUAAUGCUCGUGCUUCUUUAAAAAUCAUCAUUUGAAAGGUUAAAUAUCACCAAAUAUUUAGUGCUGAGAAAUCAUCGUUUUUCUGUGUGACCUUGAUAAAUAUUUCAUCUUCUCAGUUCCUUGUAGUGCUGAGUAAACAUUCUGCAUAACUACAAUAUUUAUUUCAUCUGGUCUCAUUUUCAAAAACGUUAAAUUAGAAGUCAGUUUUACUGCAAGAUGAUGAGAGUUUUGUGUCAGUUUAUUCUCUUUCUUUACAAAAUGAUGAAUUUUUACAUAUUUCUUUCAUAAAAAAAACCAAUACAAACAUAAGUAACCUUUCCUUGCACACGCACUCCACAUUUUCAUUGAUAAUUUGACCAAAAACAAGGUCAGGUUUAAAUAUUCUUUCACCACAUUUGCCAGUGUACAUGUAUAGAUUUUUGUGAAAGAUUAUUGAUGUUUUCUGGUGAAACAUUUAUAAUUUGAUUAAUUAAACUGGAAAUUGUUUCAAAGGAAAUGUGAAACAUUCUGUUUUCAAAACAAUCAUUAGCUAAAAUAAAUGUAUAUCAGACAUUAUUUCAGUACAUAUAGUUUGAAGUUUAUUUUGAUUUGGAAAUAAUUUUAUCAUGAAAUUCAGUAAAGGACUGAAAUCAUCAAUGUUUGUGGCAACUAUUAAAAAAAGAAUAUGGAAGUAAGCCAUGUGUAUAUAUUUUGUAACAGUGUGAUUGCACUGUGUAUACAUUAAAUAACACUGUCAUUGUAUGGUGUUCACAUUUGGUACAAUGUCCAUGUACUGUGUACUUUGUAAUAAUAAUUAACAACACUGUCAUUGUACUGCAUAUGUAUUUGGUAACAGUGUCAUUGUACUACAUUGUAUAUAUUUAGUAACAGUGUUAUUGUACAUUGUAUUUAUUUAGUAACAGUGUCAUUGCAUUAUACCUUUAUCUUGUCUGAUAUAAAUUUCAUCCAAUUGUUGAUUUAAUGGCACUAAAAGGUAUGUCCUGUUACAAGGACCAUGUUGUUACCUUUGAUGCUUGUUCAAUUUCAUCAUAUGUAUCCUAUUACAAUAUCAUAUCAUGUAUCACCAUCAUGUCAGUGUCAUGAGGAAAGUAUCAACAGAUACAGAAACAAGCUGUUAUAGUUCAAAAUCAUAAGAUAAUUAAAAAUCAUUGUAAUCUGUUUAUUAUCUUUGUCUUUUGAAAUGUGAUGAAGAAUAUGUAUUCCAUGUUUUGUAACAUGAAAUAAAAAGUAAAACAUG